AUGAAAGAACUGCACGGAUCUAGAGGCCUGCUAGAGACCCCUCGAAAUCAGGUCCGCACCCCGAGAAGGCCGAGUACACAAGAUCUUCCAACAACUACCACGAAAACCAUCAUCGCACGGAACCGAUCACCGCAGUCGUCGACAUCGGCAAGCAUUCGUAGACGGAAAUCACUACCACGAGUUCAAUCCACUCUCACACAAAUUGACUUUGUGACACAGCCCACACCUUCGAAUGAUGACCAGCUUGCCUACAUUGAAGAACAAGAACGUGGCCACGAUGCCCAAGAUGCAACUGAGCAGUCAAAUGUAGAUGAUGGAUCUGACAAGGAUUCAGACUAUCUUCCUGCUCCACCAGUUCGGUCAGCUCGUAUCUCGAAAUUCAAGAUGAGCGAACGAGAGCGCGUUUCGGAUGAACGCUCGCAGAAGCGGAGGAGCUCUGGAAUCAUCAAUCGCGAUGCAAAUCGAAGUCAUGGAAUUCGAAAAAGCGAGACACCAAGGGCGAGUGUUCGUUCCAAGGGAGGUCGAAAAUCCCUGGAGAAGUCAGCGGGAAAACGGGACAAGACCUUAACUCAGAUGGACUUUGUACGACGUUACAUUACCAUUGAUGAUGACGAUGACGACGAAGUGAACAUGGGAUAUAUCCAGCCGACACCGCAGAAGAAGGCCAUAGCAGAUGAACAGACAGAAAAUACACCCAAAGCGAACCAAGCAAAGCAUAUGAAGCGUCCGACUUCGACCUCCGCCAAACGAAAGCACAGAGUGCUCGAAGAAGAGCUGGAUCUCUCAACAGGGGAACCUAUAUCUCAACAAAAUGAACCACAGGAGUCAAAUCCUGGAAGCAGAAAGGGUGAGCGGAUACCUGCAGCUCCUAUUACGCCGCUAAAGUCCCGGACACGUGAGAUACCUUCUUCACAGACGCCUGAAAGUCCUGGUCUCGCUAUCAUAACUUCAUCUCAAUUUCGCAGCGCUACUCGCUCUCCUUCAAAGCGUAACCCGUUAAAACCCACGAAUAAUUCCAUGCAACACAUCAAAGAAGAACCCCCGGAGACUCGGCGAGUGGUCGAGGAUUCACAAGACCCUGGAGGUGAAUCUUUACUACAGCCAACAACAUCCGAUUCUCCAAGCAUCUAUAAUACUUUGAUCGAUCAUGCUCCAAUUAAUACUGAACAAUUUCCUUCAUCUGCACCUCCGACGGAGUCGACUUCUCAGGAGUUUCCCACCGAAGCAAAUUCGAGAACUGAAACCACCAAGAGGGAGAGGACGGUCGUCUAUGAAACGGAUGCGGACUCAGAAUACGGAGAUUUUGAAGACAGCCUCAAUACGCGUUCCGUGACACCAUCCCCAAAGAAAAUAUGCCGAGAAAUCGAUCCACCGAACGUUCCACAGGCCACCCAACACAGCCAAGAAUCUCCCAAGGAUGAUUCCCAAGAACUUCCUCUACCAGCUGCGCAAUCGAGCCUUGGAUUGGAUGAUGCCCCUCCUUCAGAAGGUCCAAUGUCUGAUGCCUCAAUUUGCUAUCAAAGAAUGCAUGCGGCUACACAAUUCCCGCACGAGCCAAUCCCAACACUGAAUACGCAGAAGAUGUCCGAGCUUUUUCCUCACGGAGGCAGUAGCCAGUACACAAAUCUGGAGCCAUUGAGGCCUUCAGUUCGAAAACAGGCACCGGGACCAUUCUCGCAGACACAGACACAGAGCCAGGAAUGCGACAAAGAGUCUACUGAAAUAGUUCCCGAGUCGUCGCCGAUCCGAGAACGAGAACGUGGAAUCGAGUCGGGUGAUAAUUCGUUCCAACGACCUCAGGUUCCUAGCUCCGUGGUCCAAGUUGAGUCCUCGCAGGCGGUGGACCGAGAUCCUCAAUGGCAGGGACGAGUCCUCUCUCGGAGCCAACUUCUUACAUCGAGCGUCAUGGAGAGCAUCCCACUCCCGAACUUUUGGAUGGGUAGUCAGGAUAGUGUAGGGGAACCUUAUAGCUUACCUGAAGGAUGA